GAGAAACACGACCAUGCCUGGUCUUUGAAACACUUAUGAUUGAUGAAUUCGAGCACUUGGCGUGAUUCUGACAACGACAUCGCAGAGCAGCAAAUUGCUCCUCCCCUCCCAACAACCUUCCCCACGCUCUGAGAAUUCCGCUGUCGCCAUGGCCCUCCUCACUCACCUCCUAUCAGCAGCCGCAACCUUCAUCUUCACAGCAAUAAUUUGGAAUCUUCUCAAACAAUUCCUGUUCAAAGACCGCCACAAGCCUCCCGUCGUCUUCCACUGGCUCCCUCUCAUCGGCUCCACAGUCAGCUAUGGCCAAGAUCCCUAUGGCUUCUUCUUCUCCUGCCGCGAGAAAUACGGCGACAUCUUCACCUUUGUCCUUCUGGGAAUGAAAGUUACAGUGUACCUCGGUCCUCAAGGCAACAACUUCAUACUCAAUGGCAAACACAAAGACCUCAACGCUGAAGAGGUUUAUGGUCCUUUGACAGUGCCAGUAUUCGGGAAGGGCGUCGUGUAUGAUGUCGAUAAUGCCAAGUUCAUGGAUCAGAAGCGGGUGGUGAAGGAAGGUUUCACAACUGCGAAUUUGAAGGCUUAUGUGCCGCAGUUUGUGAAUGAGGUGGAGAAGUACGUUGGAGGUAACGCCGCUUUCCAAACGGAGUCGGGAAUCUGUGAUGUCUCAACUGUGAUCGCAGAGAUCGCAUUGUAUUGUGCUGCGGGCUCGUUGCAAGGCAAGGAAGUCAGGGAGUCUUUUGAUGGCACCUUUGCGACGCUAUUUCGACAUCUAGAUGACGGCUUCGCACCAAUCAACUUCAUGCUUCCGGGGUUGCCAUUGCCAGUCAAUCGCAGGAGAGAUCAUGCGCAACUGGAAAUGCAGAAGCUGUAUAUGGGAAUAAUCAGUGAUCGGAGGAAGAGAAAGCGUGCUGAAGAUGAGCAUGACUUGCUCUGGUCUUUAAUGGAUGCAACCUACAAAGAUGGCUCACCAAUCGGCGACGACAUCCUCGCAAACCUCCUAAUCUCCCUCCUGAUGGGCGGCCAACACAACACAGCAGCAACCGGGACUUGGAUAAUGCUCCAUCUCGCCCACAAACCACAUCUCAUCCAAGAACUCUACCAAGAACUCCAAUCCCACAACCUCGUCGGCCAAAAUUCCACAAACAUAACCUACGAACACAUCUCCAAUCUCCCUCUCCACAACGCCAUAAUCAAAGAAACCCUCCGACUCCACGCCCCAAUCCACUCCGUUAUGCGAAAAGUAAAAUCUCCCAUGCCAGUCCCUAACACCGAGAUCAUUGUUCCCGCAGGCCACAUCCUCCUCGCAGCGCCCUGCUUUCCCUCUCGUCUCGAAGAGAACUUCCCGAAUGCAAACGACUGGAACCCGCGUCGCUGGCUAACACCUCAAGCCAUCAAGCCAGAGACGAGCGAGAGCGACACAAGUGACGCUGUAGAUUACGGUUUCGGCGCGGUGUCUAGUAAAGCUGCUCUGUCACCAUAUUUACCUUUUGGAGCAGGACGACAUAGAUGUACAGGCGAACAGUACGCUUAUGUGCAGUUGACGACGAUUCUUGCUACAAUGGUGAGAUUGUUGGACUGGGAACAGGUAGAUCCGAAAGCAGAUGUGCCAAAGACGGAUUAUAGCAGUAUGUUCUCAAGGCCGAUGCAUCCUGCUACGAUUCGUUGGCGGAAGCGGUAG